AUCAAACUCGGGACCUUGCGCUUACAAGGCAGGUGGCAGAACUGAAAAUGAUUUUUUUAAACCCAACUACACAGAUACAGAGAAGGCCAAAGAUAGCUUCACAGUCCUCUUUUGGGUCCUCCCUUCCAAGAUGACCAAAAAAAGAAGGAACAACGGUUGUGUCAAAAACGGCCAUGGCCACGUGCAGCCAAUUCACUGCACGAACUGUGCCCGGUGUGUGCCCAAGGGUAAGGCCAUUAAGAUCGUCAUUCAAAACAUAGCAGAGGCCGCUGCCGUCAAGGAGGUUUCCGAAGCGAGGGUCUUCGACUCUUACGUGCUUCCCAAGUUCUAUGUGAAGCUGCAUUACUGUGUGAGUUGUGCCAUUCACAGCAAGGUGGUCAGGAAUCGAUCUCGUGAAGCCCAGAAAGACCGAACACCUCCAUGCCGAUUUAGACCUGCUGGUGCUGCCCCACGAUCCCCACCAAAGCCCAUGUAAGGACCUGGGUUUUAAUGGACUGAAGAAAAGUCAUCUUCGUUCAGAGGGAAUGAACUAAUAGAAUGGAUGUUACACUUUAAAAAAAAAAUAGCUUCACAAUAGUACCUGUGACAGUGUAGUGAAGUUGCCCACAAGAAAGACUUCCAAGCACCUCUGGGACAUGCAGACAGCAUCUGUCCUGUACUCUGAAGAAUUCUCAAGUGCUGGGCAAAGUGCCCAAGCGGGGAAGAAGCGAAUGUAGACAUCAAAGUCUGGCGGGAGGAACAGAGGUGUCUUUCUAAUCUGUGCGGUGUUGAGGAGGUUGAAUCCAACAACACAGUCUUGUCCCCUCAGUCAGAGCUGAAUGAGUGGAGAAGGAAGGAAAUGGAUUUCCAAGAUUCACUCCCACUUUCUUGGUUGAUCUUUGAAGGAGUACCUGGCAGUCACCCAGCUA